UAGUAGUAGUAGUAGUAGUAGAGGGAGAAGGAGGAGGAGGAGGAGGAGGAGGAGUUGGAGUAGAAGUAGUAGUAUGAGUAGCAAUAUUAGUAGGAGUAAGAGUAGGAGUAGAAGAAUCAAUAGCAGCAGCGGGGCAGCAGCAGUACUGGCAGGGGCAGUGGCGGUAACGUCAGCCGGGUCAUUGCAGGGUGCCGCCUUCGCCGCCUUCUUCAUCCUGACGCGCAAGAUCGCACCGGUGAUCAAAGGGGAGCCCAAGAAGGUGUACAUCCCUUACGUGCCCCCAGGCCCCUUCGUGCCCCCAGACCACCCACUGGUCGACGCGGUGGCACCAGAGACGGAGGUGCAUGGGAUGGAGAUGGAAAAGGAACAGGAGAUGAUGGAGGAGCCAGAAGAGGAACAGGAGAUGAUGGAGGAGCCGGAAGAACACGGGAUGAUGGAGGAGCCGGGAGGAGAAUACGGGAUGAUGGAGGGGCCGGGAGGAGAACACGGGAUGAUGGAGGGGCCGGGAGGAGAACACGGGAUGAUGGAGGGGCCGGGAAGAGAACACGGGAUGAUGGAGGGGCCGGGAGGAGAACACGGGAUGAUGGAGGGGCCGGGAGUAGAACACGGCAAUGGCGGCAUUCCUCCAGAACACGGCAAUGGUAUGCACGCAAACGGUAACGGUUUCCUUGAACAUGGCAACGAUCUGCAUGGCGAUGACAACGGCAUCUUCGGUCACGGCCCCGGCCCGCAAGAGGUGUCCAGCUACUCCUUUCUCAAGAAGCGCUCCCUCCCUGACUUCCAUGAGGACAUGUCUUUGGAUUAUCUAUACCAAGAGUCCCUUCCAGCGGCCAUCCCUGACGUGGGUGGACCGGAGGAGAUGGUGCGGACCGCUGCCUUCCAUGUGGACACGACGGGCUGCUCCCUGAAGCUGCUGUGCCACCUGCAUGAGGUGCCCCACGCGGCUAUCACCCCGGAGGAGGCCGUGCUAGUCAUGCUCUUCAACAAUCCCGCGUCGCAAGAACCACAAGACUGCAUGCAGGACUUCCCUGACUGUCCCUUGUCGGCGAAGGAGCUGAGGGUUCUUCUGCAACAGAUCUGAAGACGAAAAGGCGACACAUGUCUUACGUCCUCAGGAACACAUAUUUAUUAUUGUUAUUGUUAUUAUUUAUGAUGCUAUGAUCCCUUUCAGUGAUUCCUUCCUGAACUGCAUGGGAUAUUAUCAUAUAGUGUAUCUGUGAUGUGUGAUUCAGUUUGUGUGGAGUGUUGUGUAAUAUAUAUCUGCCCAUAAGACAUUUUGUUACUUGCGA